GUAGCGCUGCGGUUGUUGCGCAGUUUCAGCGUCGGUUGGGAUUUUUUCCCCCCUUUUCCCCUCCCCCACCAUCAUUGCCGCUCUCGCUCGCUCUGUUUGUCCCUCUCAGUGUCGGUGAAGCGCAGGCGCCGAAGCAGCCGCCGGCGGUGCUGCUGCUGGAGGUGGAGGAGGAGGUGGUGGUGGUGGGGGUAGGAGGAAGGAAAAAUAAAGUGAAAAGCGGAGCGCUAAUCGAUCCGAGCCGCUCGGUGACCGGACCCGUUAGCUCCGGCGGAAAGGGGAGGGGAGAGAAAAAAGACAUACAGACCGGCACAAAGAGAGAUCCAGUGAAAAUCGGAGAAAACGGCCGACCAACACCGAGAAACCGCCUUGCCGUCGAGCCGCGCCGACAGCCCCGUUUCCUCCCCACCCGCCGCCAUGAACAACCAGGGCGGCGACGAGAUCGGGAAGCUGUUUGUGGGUGGUCUUGACUGGAACACUACACAGGAGACGCUCCGUGACUACUUCUCUCAAUAUGGUGAGGUGGUAGAUUGUGUAAUCAUGAAAGACAAGAUGACAAAUCAGUCUCGAGGUUUUGGAUUUGUGAAGUUCAAGGAUCCAAACUGUGUGGCCACAGUACUAGCCAGCAGACCUCAUAACCUUGAUGGUAGAACGAUUGAUCCAAAACCAUGUACGCCUCGAUCCAUGCAGCAAGAAAAACCAAAACCAAAAGAAGGUGGAUGGGGAAAGAGCUCACAAAACCAGAGCAGCAAUAAAUCAAAGAAGGUAUUUGUUGGUGGAAUUCCUCACAACUGUAGUGAGUCAGAACUCAGGGAUUACUUCAAAAGGUUUGGAGUGGUCUCUGAAGUGGUAAUGAUCUAUGAUGCCGAGAAGCAGAGGCCCCGAGGUUUUGGAUUUAUUACUUUCGAGGACGAGCAAUCAGUGGACCAGGCUGUCAACAUGCAUUAUCACGACAUCAUGGGCAAAAAAGUUGAAGUGAAACGUGCAGAGCCUCGUGACAGUAAAGGUCCAGGGCCUGGCCAGCCAGGAGCACCACAGUGGGGCAGGAGUUUGCCAAAUGCAGCUAAUGGCUGGGGAGGUCAGCCCUCACAAGGCUGGCAGCAACAGACCUAUGGUAGUCCACAAGGGAUGUGGAUGGCACCUGGUCAGCCAAUGGGUGGGUAUGGUCCGCCACCACCUCCAGGAGGGAGGGGUGCCCCUCCACAGCCUCCCCACUUUAAUCCCUAUGUAGUUCCACAACCACCUCCAGGAGGAUUUGCACCACCUCAGGGAUUUGGACAAGGUUUUGGUGCUCCUCCGCAAUAUGGCUAUGGAGGAUUUGGCGCACCUCCAGCUGACCAGUUUGGCCCACCUGGAAUACCAGCUCCGCCUGCCACACCAGGAGCAGGACAGAUGGGCUACCCACCAGCAACACAGACACCUCAGGACAUGAGCAAGCCACCUGCUGGACAGCCCGAAUUCCCUGGGUACAACCAGUAUGGCAUGGGUAACUAUCCUCAGGAUCCUUCAGGCUACGGACCCACGCGUCCUUCUCAGACUUACGGUCAGGCUGAGCAGGGAUAUAGUGCAGCAGGUUAUGGGCAAGAUAUGAGUGGUUUUGGCCAAGCCCCAGGUUUCUCGGAUCCAAAUCAGCCCGCUCCCUCAUUUGGAGGACCCUCAGCACCAGCACCUCCAGGGGCUCCACCAUCUGCACCAGGUGGAUUUGCCCGCGGUCAGAACCACAAUGCUCAGGGGUUCCACCCUUACAGGCGUUAAAACCAUGGCAGGGAAAGGAAAUAAAGGAGUAUAUUCUGGUGUAAACUUGGCCAGAAAUUCCUUAAUUUUGUGACUCUUUUGUGACAAUCACUUGAUUAAAUAACAAAAACAACAAAAAAAAAUUUAAAAGGAGUUUGAAGGAUACGCUGUGGGCUGUGGACUGCAUUUUUUUUUGAACUUAUUCUCCUCUUUUCCCAACAGCACAAUGAUCUCUUUGUGCUCUGAGUGUUGCAAGGUUUAGGAGAAAUAUUCUGCUGUACCAUAUAACUCUUGAUUUCAUUUUUUUUGAUUUGUUCCUUAUUCUGAGCCUUUGUUUUACCCUAGUAUACUUUAUGUUUAAAAUUGAAACAUUUGAACACAGACGUUACAAUUUUUAGGAGAAAUUUUGUACUAUUUACAUCUGACUUAUUUUUUAAUUUAAAGAUGUAGAUUUCCCUUCAGAAUGGCUGUAGAAUAAACUGCAAAAUAAAGACAGAUGACCCCAGUUUAAAUAAAGAGAGCACAUUUCGUUUAAAA